UGAACUGUCAACAUCUUAACCUUGUCCAUGUGAUAUGAGAAUUCAAUUUUCAAUAUUUCAUUUUUCAUCAAAUUCAAGGUACCUUCCUUUUUCUAUAGUGAUAAAUUUUCUUAUUCUCUCUGAGUUUAAAACGGUUUAUGAAAAUAAAGGUUUUUCUUCAUAGUUUGAGUUGAGUUAAGUUUAAGUAAUCCUGUUUCAAAUCUCAAAUCAAGGAAUUGUAGGAACGUAAAUAUAUUAGAGGGUAUAAUAUAGAAGCGAUAAUGUGAACCAAGAGAAUGUAAAGUGAAUCUUGAAACACUGCAUGGAAAAUGGAACCCAAUGAUAAAGUGUUGUCGACUCCAUCUUCCUGCAAAGAUUCUGCCAGCAAGUGUGCAACUAAGACGUUACUGACACCAUGCAGGUCAGUUGGACUCAAGCGGAAGUCCAGCUCAAGCUCACUGUUGAAAUGUACACCAUCAACAGAUUCACCAUUACUUCGAAAAAGUACGAAUUCACCAAUUGUUCAACAAAGUACUGAUUCACCUGCAGUAUGGAGGUGUACACCAAAUCCCAGCACUAGUAGAAAACAUCUUGGAUCCAAUAUUCGUGAUAAAUUGAAGAAACGAAAGCUCGAUCUAUCCUCAAAAGAUAAUGGUGAUGAGGAAACUAUUGACUGCAUGACUAAGGGUGUAAUAGAAACAGACGUGGGUUGUGCUUCUUCCAUCAACUCCUCAAAUAACACCCACAAAGAUGAUACCUCAUCUCAAAUUGAUGUGAAGACUGCUGUUGAGAAAUUUGCGGUGCCUCCUGAAAUCUCAAAUGAUAUGAUUUUGGAACUUAUUGAUAAUAUCAGGAAAAAAGAACUGAAACUUCGUUCUCUAGAAGAAACUAACAUUUAUGCUAAAAAGCAUAAUCCAGACGAGCUGAGAGGACUUAUAAUCAAAUGGAAACAAGGAUGCCAAGAUGCGUUGCGUGAAAUUCAAUCUCUGAUCAAUGAGAAAGGAUACAGCCUGUCUAUGGCACAGGUGUUGGACCAGUUUCAAGUGCCUCAUAACAUGGUCAACUUCAGUGCGGAUUGUGAUGAAUUCCAAGACUGAUAAGUGGACGAUUCUUGAGUAUCAUCAUAGAGAAACAAUAGCUUAAGUAGAUAUCCCAUGAUAUAGGGCGUUUAUGUCGCAACUAUUACUGUUAUCUCAAGCCCAUAGUCCACGUAUUUCUUUCCCAAAAAGGUGUGUGACGCUAGUCUCUCAUAUUGUGCCGUUCAUACACUCUCACCCGGCCAAAACAGUAAAAAUCUACAAUAAUCGAUAGUAAUCAACUUGAGAUAACAGUAAAAGUUGCGACAUAAACGCCCUAUACCAUGGGAUAUCUACUUACGCUAUUGUUUCUCUAUGGUAUCAUGUAUUAUAAACCUUACCAUUUCCGUAUCUAUUAUUAUAAUUUAAUUUAUUUUCUUAUUUUAGAAAAUUCACUUCUAUUCAUUUAUUUUUAGAUGUGUAUAAUACAAGAUACAAGAGUGAUAUUUAUUUUGGAAAAUUUAUGAAUAGUAUGAUGACGUGUGAUAUUAAGCUGUACUAUUUAUUAAAUCAACUAACUUUACAUACAAGAAAUCAA